AUGGCGAAGAUCAAGAUCGGGAUCAAUGGGUUUGGUAGGAUUGGUAGGCUUGUGGCGAGAGUGGCUCUGCAGAGCAAUGAUGUCGAGCUUGUCGCCGUUAACGACCCCUUCAUCAGCACCGACUACAUGACUUACAUGUUCAAGUAUGACACUGUCCAUGGACAGUGGAAGCACCAUGAUGUCAAGGUGAAGGACUCAAAGACCCUUAUUUUUGGUGACAAUGAGGUUGUUGUGUUUGGUCUGCAGGAACCACGAGGAGAUCCCAUGGGGUUCGGUUGGCUUGAUUAUGUUGUUGAGUCUCAUGGCGUUUUCACUAACCAGGACAAGGCUGCGGCUCACUUGAAGGUAAUCAAUGACAAGUUUGGCAUUGUGGAGGCUACCCAAAAGACUGUAGAUGGACCCUCAUCUAAGGAUUGGAGGGGUGGAAGGGCUGCUAGCUUCAACAUCAUUCCCAGCAGCACCGGAGCUGCUAAGGCUGUUGGCAAAGUGCUUCCUGCCCUUAAUGGGAAGUUGACUGGAAUGGCUUUCCGUGUUCCUACCGUUGAUGUCUCUGUCGUUGAUCUGACUGUUAGGCUUGAGAAGUCAGCUACCUAUGAUGAGAUCAAGGCUACGAUAAAGGCCGAGGCAGAGGGCACCCUCAAGGGCAUUUUGGGUUAUGUUGAUGAGGACCUUGUUUCCACUGACUUCCUGGGUGACAACAGGUCUAGCGUCUUUGAUGCUAAGGCCGGCAUUGCUUUGAAUGGCAACUUCGUGAAGCUUGUGUCAUGGUAUGACAACGAGUGGGGAUACAGCACCCGUGUGAUCGACCUGAUCCGCCACAUGUACGGCACCAACUAG